UCCGCGGCUCCGGGCGGCCGCUCCAGUCCUCCAGGGCGCCUUGCUCCGUCGCCUCAGGCAGCGGGACCCUUGGGGCGCUGAAAUCCAACUCACCCAUGCCUAUUUCCUGUAAUGGACGAACUUGAUGCUAAUGUGAGUUCCAAGGAGGGUUUCAGGUCAGUGGAGAAGGUCGUGCUGCUCACGUUUCUCUCGGCGGUGAUCCUCAUGGCCAUCUUGGGCAACCUUCUGGUGAUGGUGGCUGUGUGCAGGGACCGGCAGCUCAGGAAAAUAAAAACCAACUAUUUCAUUGUCUCUCUUGCCUUUGCGGAUCUGCUGGUGUCUGUGCUGGUGAUGCCCUUCGGUGCCAUUGAGCUGGUCCAGGACAUCUGGAUUUACGGGGAGAUGUUCUGCCUUGUCCGGACAUCUCUAGACGUCCUGCUCACGACAGCAUCCAUUUUUCACCUGUGCUGCAUUUCUCUGGACAGGUACUAUGCCAUCUGCUGCCAGCCUUUGGUCUAUAGGAACAAGAUGACCCCUCUGCGCAUCGCAUUAAUGCUGGGAGGCUGCUGGCUCAUCCCCAUGUUUAUCUCUUUUCUGCCUAUAAUGCAAGGCUGGAAUAACAUUGGCAUAAUUGAUUUGGAAAGGAUACACAAACCAAGGCUGGGCGAGGAUUUGCAUGUGAAAAAAAGAAAGUUCCACCAGAACUCCAACUCUACAUACUGUAUCUUCAUGGUCAACAAGCCCUACGCCAUCACCUGCUCCGUGGUAGCCUUCUACAUCCCGUUCCUGCUCAUGGUGCUGGCCUAUUACCGCAUCUACGUCACAGCCAAGGAGCACGCCCACCAGAUCCAGAUGUUACAGCGCGCAGGAGCGCCCUCGGAGGGCAGGCCCCAGCCGGCAGACCAGCACAGCACUCAUCGCAUGCGGACGGAGACCAAAGCUGCCAAGACCCUGUGCAUCAUCAUGGGUUGCUUCUGCCUCUGCUGGGCCCCAUUCUUUGUCACCAAUAUCGUGGAUCCGUUCAUAGACUACACGGUCCCUGGGCAGGUGUGGACUGCUUUCCUUUGGCUCGGCUAUAUCAAUUCUGGAUUGAACCCCUUUCUCUACGCCUUCUUGAAUAAGUCUUUUCGACGUGCCUUUCUCAUCAUCCUCUGCUGUGAUGAUGAGCGCUACCGAAGACCUUCCAUUCUGGGCCAGACGGUCCCCUGUUCAACCACAACCAUUAAUGGGUCAACACAUGUGCUAAGGGAUGCAGUGGAGUGUGGUGGCCAGUGGGAGAGUCAGAGCCACCCUCCAGCGACUUCUCCUUUGGUGGCUGCUCAGCCCUGUGACACUUAGUCCCCUGGGGCAGUGACUCAGAAGACAGCCAUCCCUCCAGGAGAGGGCCAGGUCCUGCCUAAGCUGCUGCUCGUGCAUGACUGCACCUGGUAUUCUUCUCACCCGAGCGUUCCAUCCGUUCGUCCGUCCGUCCUCCGGGGCAGGCCUUCCACGCCCACGGGCUUUUCCUCUGGGAUGCCAGCAGGCGAUGUUUGAGGGAGUCCGGGGAGAGCACAGCCCCCUUGUUCACUGGGGGUUCUCUUCCAGAGACGCCCACCUCCCAUGAUGGGAUUUGUUUUCUUUCUCAGCCCUCCUUCCUGACUUCUCAUCCUUGCCUGACACUGUCUGUUGUCUCUUCACCGUGCCUGGUCAGUUUCCCCCGUGUUCCAGACACGAUUGCUCACUGUGUCUUAUCUCAGCCUUAGGUGUCGCUAAGUAUGCCUUCUUUUCUGUGCCUGCUCACAGGUGUUGUCAGAACACAUUCUCCUUGUGCCUGUCUUGGUCAGAGUCGUGUUCAAAAGCUCACAUGUCUUGCGUGUUUUAGCUACUCACUGUCUCAUCUCAUCUUGGUCUGUGCCAGACACUAGCACACUUGCCUCCCUGUGUCCGGGUCCGAAUGUGUGUCCUCCUGGCCAGCCCCCGUGUCGGCAACAGAUUUCACCUACUCUGCCUUAUGUCUGGUUUCAGUCCUUCUCUUCAGGACAGGCUUCACUUAUUUAUCAUGGAAGACACUGGGGCAGAGACCUGCCCAAGGAAACGGGUCUCUGCAGCGACCUUGGAGGGAAGCCAAAGACAGAUAGCUGCCCCCUAGUGCUGUGGCCUCAGCUCUGAGACACCUGCCUUGCUCUUGAACUAGAGCAGCAUCUUGUCCUAAGGAGCCCUGGGCAGGGCCAGUGGUACCGUAGUGCUUAUUAACAGACUUUGGGAUCUUUUCCAUGAACUCGUGGUGCGUCCCACAGCACUAAUUUGUAACCCUGGAUUCUGGUCGCGUUGCUCUUGAAGAAGAGAACUGUCGGGAGCUCACACUGCUGAGACCUGUCAUUCACUGCAGUUCCCCCAGCCCCUGCCCCCUGCCAUGGAGGAGGCAGGACCGAGCAGUGCCGGAGGUGGAAAACCAGUGCUUGACUUGAAGCUGAAGGACUCGCAUUCCAGCCGCGGCUCUGUUCCUGAUAGAUGGUGAGAUCUUGACCCAACCCUUCUAUCCCUGGACGUCACUCUCUGUAUCUGUUCAUUGAAGUUUGGACUAGGGGAUCGCUGAGAUUCCUCUCUGUUUCUAGGACAACAGGAUGCAGUUACAGCCGUCUGCUACCUCGAAAAGCCAUGGCCCACCUGUGUUUUGUGUGUUUCCAAGGACCUAGCCACCUCCUUUGGGCCUUCUAGACCCUGGACCUUGCCAGCUUUGCCCUUCGGAUUCACCUGGAUGUCUUUCAUUCCACGCUCAGUCCAUGGCUCCUGCCAGCUGCCCCAAAGUGAAUGUCACGAAGAAGUCAAUGACAUCAUGUCCCAGAGCCAUGGGAGGUUUUAACUUUGAUCUUGGCUGUGAUUUGAUAGCAUCUCAGGACUUUGUAUAUUCACUUUGUUUCUGCUGCUUAAGAAGUGUCAGUUACCAUUUCUGUUGAUGUUUACUUUAGUCCCGGAAUCGAACUGGACAGGAAAGGGACUUUGGAAUGAGGAAGAAGAUAUUGCCCCCAAACCACCCAAAUGAAAAAAAAAAAAUCUGUCCUGUGAAGACUUAAUUUUAUUGGGGAGGAAGUCCUGCCUUAGGAAAGGGAAAAAGCCUCUCAAGAGAAUGUUCUUUAGAACUCCCGCGUAUUGUUGAGAAGUACUGCACCGUGUGAAAAGCUCUGUGGGAGGCCAGGACUCUCGCUGGUCCAAGAAACGGAUUCAACUGGGCAUCCAUUCUUAUCACACGUGACAAAAGUCUAUUUUAAGUCCUGCCUUGCACCUUGACUCUUGCUAGACCAAACCCCUUUGAUCUUUCAAGUCACUGUCCUCUGUCCUUACUAGAUUGGGACUUAGGACCAUUUCAAGGUUGAUUCUUUUCUAAUACAAAGGAGGGAGCAGUAAGAUUCUGAAUCCCAAGGCUGUGAACCUGGCCGUCAGACCCAAACUGGGUGCUCCAACGGCUGCCGCGCUGCCCACCACCUCCGUGAGCACGUGCACUGAAUCAAUGGCUGCUUUACUGUGUGACCCUGAACUACUAGCCAGACCCCUCUGGAUUCUGGGAGAACCUCUCCUGCCUACAUCACAAAGUUGUUGUGACGAUAAACGAUUUUUGUAAAAAAAACAUCCUGUAAAUCAUAAAAUACCAUUCUGUAUGUUUAUUAUUACUUUGGAUGCUUCUGAGCUCCCCAGAACGAAGAAUUCUUGAUGAACCGGUUUAAAGGAUAAGCCUUCUAUAUUGAAAAACAUACCACAGGAGCACCUUUGGGGGCUCCAGUCUUCCACAUCCAUCCUUCAUUUGGCUACUCCGGGUUGUGCAGCCCACAUGACAUUGCA